AUGACAACUCCAGGUCCAGGAACCGGGAAUUCCGGUGAAUCCAAGCCUAUUGGAUUUUCACUCAAAAAAUCGUCAUCUUCUUCCUUGUCUUCCUCGAAAUCCGCAGUUGCCUUUUCAUUAAGCACAAAACGAGAAAACACUACUACCAACAUUAUCGAUACACAACGAUCUCAACCCCAGUUACAAAACAAAAAACGCGUGGUUUUGGGUGAGAAUCAGGAAGAUGAUAGCGGGAAAGUAGAAACAGUAACUGGCUUUGAUGUACGCUUAGGACACGCCAUCACAGCAAACGGUGGCAAUAAAGAUGAAAAAGCUGAAGAAUCAAAAAAGAAAACACUUGUGAUUCCUGCAGUACCCAACAAGGAUUGGAGAGCAGAAGUUCGACGAGUUAAAGCAUGGAAUGCGUAUAUACCAGACGAACAACAACAUACUCAGGGAACUGAAGAGGAUCUGGAAGCUCUGGUCGAAGCUGAAAAGAAAAGACUAGUCAUUGGAUUUAACUCAGGUACACGUGAAUCCACCACAGAUGACAACAACAAAAUUAAUCUUGAUUAUGAUAAUAAAGACACUACACAAAUCUCGGAAGAUGAACUUGCAAAACGUGCCCUUCUUCAAGGGAAAUCAUUUACAGGUACGGGUUCUUCAAACCUAGUAAUUUCACAACCUGGCACAUACACUCGUGAUGAAGAUGAGUCUGAUGAAGAGAUGGUGGAAAGAAUUACAGAAGAAGAAGCAUUUGUUCGGGAUGUUUCACAACGGCCAGAAGCCCCAGGGUUAGACGCGUAUGAGCGCGUUCCUGUUGAAGAAUUUGGAGCAGCGCUGUUACGUGGAAUGGGCUGGAACGGGAAACUAGAAGAUGAAAUUGAAGAUCAAACAAAAAAAAGUGUUGGUGAUACCAAAAGUUCAUUAUAUGGGUCACGAGAUCCUGAAGUUGCGCUGAGGCGGCCUGCUUUUCUUGGGCUUGGUGCAAAACCUGCAAGUAGCGGGAACGGAUUAGGAGAAGCCGGGAAGCGUGGGUCUGGAAAAAGAGCUGUGGACAGAGUAUAUGUUCCUGUUGUAAAAGUUGAUCGAGAAACGGGGGAAAUUGUAAAAGAUGACGAGGAAGAAGGGGAAGAAGAAGAAAAGGAAGAUUUAAAACAAGAAAAGAGGAAAGAUGAUAGCCGGGAUCAUAAAAGAAAAGAACGUGGAAGAGAAAGAGAAAAGUCUCCUAGUUAUGAGAGCAGGAGCAGUAUAUAUAGGCACAGAGAAAGCGACAAAAAUAGAGACAGACAUCACGACAGAGACAGAGAUAGGUAUCGAGACAGAGACCGCAACAGAGAAAAGGACAGAGGUAGGGAUAAAGAUAGAGAUAGAGAUAACUACCGAGAAAGAGAUCGAUACAAGGACAGAGAUGAAUAUCGAGACCGAGACCGAGACCGAGACCGAAGCAGUCGGAGUAGUCACAAGGAUCAUAGAGAUCAUGACAGAGAACGAGAUAGACGCAGAGAUGACCGGUAUAAAGAUGGUGAUAGGAAUCGAAACCAAUCCCGCCGUUAUUAG